AUGAAGCUCUUCGCCAUCAGCGACGCUGCCAUACUCUUCUGCAUUUUAGCGCCUGUGAUAGCCAUGCCAAAUCAACAUCGAUCAAGACCGACACCAGUGCCCGAUCAGAAUAGUGACUUCAACUUCUCUUGUCCUAGUAACCAAAUUUACGGCAAACAUUAUCUCAUGGGAGUGGUUUCGGAGGCCAGACGAAUUAUGAGAGACUCUUCCACACAAUAUAGUUACCCUUCUACAUUCUAUCACUUCCAGUACAACAUAUCCGGAGACCUGUGGUAUUAUCCUCUGACAGCAGCCUACGGCGCACGAGAUUUUGUCGUAUUCAACACAUAUAAUGAAAUAGCGGGCGUUGCUCACCUCAAGGUUGCUAAUGGCCGACAAACAUUUGAACCCUGUGAUUUGUUAGGUUAA